AUGCCGCUGCGGCUAAGCGGUGUCUCGGAGCGUGAGCGUAUCAUUACCCCUUACGACGCUGAUGCCUUCGAGUCGGUUCUUCACGCGCUCGGCCUCUUUCAGUGUUAUCCCUUCUUGCCUCGCAAAUUACGUUACGGUUUCCCCAUUGGUGAUUUCGCUCCGCUCCUUCGCACGUUUGCUCCUCCCAAUCAUUCUUCCAGCGCUGAACACAUCGAUUUCAUUCACCAGUAUAUCUCUGAGCAAGUUUCUCUUGGCCGCAUGACUGGUCCAUACUCGCAAGCUCAGGUUGAGCAUAUCUUGGGCUCUUACUUCGUAUCUUCUCCACUUGCUGUUGUUCCAAAGGCUGGUUCGAAAAAAUUCCGUCUCGUGCAGAAUUGCUCAUAUCAGGACGAGUUUGGAGUCUCGGUGAAUAGCCAGAUCAACUCGGACGACUUCCCCACCAAAUGGGGCACUGCAGCCAAGGUCGCAGAAAUCAUUGUCAAUGCACCUGCUGGUGCGCAGGCGGCUUGUCUUGACAUCGACUCCACAUUCCGCAAUCUUCCCAUCAAACCCGCACACAAGCCGUUUCUGGUCAUUCAAUGUGAUCCAGGUGACUUCUAUAUUGAUCACGUUCUUCCAUUCGGCAUCUCGUCAGGGACUGGGGUGCAGGGUGAGCCGAUGGACGCCAUCAUCGACAUCCUGGAGGCGCACAACACGAGACGUCUGAUGGAUUUGUCGAGGGACCAUCUCUCAGAGGAUAGCUGCGUUGCUGACAUUCUCGGUGUCCUCACUGCCAAGCUGUAUUCCAUUGUGUGGAAAUCAAUGGGGGAUGAGCACACCGCUUCCGUCUUUACUUGA